AUGUCCAGUUCCAACAACGCAAACGCAGGGGGAGACCCGUAUAGACUCAACAGGGAUUUAGUGGCGUCUACACGCCUCAAUCUCCAGCAUUAUAUCUGGAAAGAGAGCAUGGAAUAUGUUCUCCAUCCUUCCAUCAGUCUUCCUGAUUCCGACGUGUUCAUUGCCGAUAUAGGCACAGGUACUGGCAUCUGGCUUCACGAUCUGUCCCGUCAAUUUCCCAAUGCGCAGUUCCACGGAUUCGACAUCUCGGGUGAGCAAUACCCAGCUGCGGGCUUUCUGCCAUCAAACGUGUCUCUUCGCUACCUCGAUAUAUUGAAAGAGAUUCCAUCUGAAUACGUGGAGAAAUAUGACGUUGUUCAUGCACGACUUCUCGUGCAGGUGGUCAACCAAGCGGGUGGUGAUCCUCGACCUGUUAUUCAGAACCUUUUGAAGUUACUGAAACCCGGUGGUUACCUCCAAUGGGAGGAACCCAACGAUGACGCCGGGAAUCGGAAGCUGUUGAAAAGCGAUCCUUCAAACUCGACCGAGGAUACGGAAAAGUUGCUCGCAGGACUCAAUGCAAGAUUCCAAACCAAGUCUGCUUGGUCGGCCAAUCUUGCAGAAACCUUUGCCGAACAAGGACUACAAAACGUCCAGAAAGAGGAAUUUGCGGCUAGCGACUAUGUUCUGAUCCUAGAUCAGAUAAACUAUCUCAACCUAUUUCAGGAGUUGAUAACCAAAUUGCCCGCCGGGUUGAAGGAAGAGCUCAGUGCUUUGCACACCAAGGCCAUCGCUGAGUCCAGAAAGGGCGUGGCAUGGAAGGUUCGAAGAUUUGCUUUCGUGGGCCAGAAGUCAUAG